AUGACGGUGUCAAUGACGAAAUCGGUGACGGUGGAGGUCCAAUGCAGGGUCGGAUCGGGAAACAGAGUGGUCAAAGCGAUGGCCGUGCCGGUUUCAGAUUUCUUGGGCGGCCCGACCCCGGAGGAUUACCUCCAUUUUUUGAGCUACCGGUUGCGGGACCGGCGAGGGGUUAGGAAUGGAAUUGUCAAUUUCUCGGUUAGAGUUAUCGGCGGCGGUGGAGUUAAUUGUUCCGCUGCGGCGAGGAAGGAGGUGGGGGCGGAGUCCUACGGCGGUUCUUCCACGUACUCUCCUUCAUGGGAGCGCGUUCUUCGUCGUCGUUGGGAUUUCAGGUGGAAGUGCCGAUGGCUGGAAGUUUAG